CGCCGGCUAGGGCCGGGGCUGGGGCCGCUGCCACCGCUGCAGCCGCAGAUUUGGUCCCCACCUCCAGCGUCAGGGACAGCAGCCACGGGGCGCGCGCAGCUAGGCCAGUUUGCCAGUCCUUUCUAGGGCUUAGGAGAAUGUCAACAUGCUUCCCAACCUGAAUUUGUCACAAUGACUACCAGAAGAAAAGGAAGAUCUAUGACAUCCCCAGAGAGUUACUUGCUGCUUACUUCUCUUAAGCCCUGCAGGCACUGAAGGGCUGUCUGUCCAGUUCCUGUUUUCACCGGACACCUGCAGUCAACCUCUUAUGCACUCCAGCACCCCCAUCAGCUCUCUCUUCUCCUUCACCAGUCCAGCAGUGAAGAGACUGCUAGGCUGGAAGCAAGGAGAUGAAGAGGAAAAGUGGGCAGAGAAGGCAGUAGACUCUUUAGUGAAGAAGCUAAAGAAGAAGAAAGGAGCCAUGGAUGAGCUGGAGAGGGCUCUCAGCUGUCCAGGGCAGCCCAGCAAAUGUGUUACGAUUCCUCGAUCCUUGGACGGGCGGCUGCAGGUGUCCCACCGCAAGGGUUUGCCUCACGUUAUUUAUUGCCGAGUGUGGCGUUGGCCUGAUCUGCAAUCUCACCAUGAGCUGAAGCCCCUGGAAUGCUGUGAGUUCCCAUUUGGCUCCAAGCAGAAAGAGGUGUGCAUUAACCCCUAUCACUACUGCCGUGUGGAGACAUCAGUGCUGCCGCCUGUAUUGGUGCCAAGACACAGCGAAUAUAACCCCCAGCUGAGCCUUCUGGCCAAGUUCCGCAGUGCCUCCCUCCACAGUGAGCCACUCAUGCCGCACAACGCCACCUAUCCUGACUCUUUCCAGCAGCCUCCAUGCUCUGCAUUCCCUCCCUCAUCAGGGCAAGCAUUCUCACAGUCCCCGUGCACAGCCAGCUACCCUCACUCCCCAGGAAGCCCUUCAGAGCCAGAAAGCCCCUAUCAACACUCAGACUUUCGGCCAGUUUGCUAUGAGGAACCCCAGCACUGGUGCUCAGUUGCCUACUAUGAACUGAACAAUCGAAUUGGUGAGACGUUCCAGGCUUCCUCCCGAAGUGUACUUAUAGAUGGAUUCACAGACCCUUCAAAUAACAGGAACAGAUUCUGUCUUGGACUUCUUUCUAAUGUAAACAGAAACUCAACAAUAGAAAAUACCAGGAGACACAUAGGAAAGGGUGUGCAUUUAUAUUAUGUCGGGGGAGAGGUCUAUGCUGAGUGUGUGAGCGACAGCAGCAUCUUUGUCCAGAGCCGGAACUGCAACUAUCAGCACGGUUUCCACCCAGCCACUGUCUGCAAGAUCCCCAGUGGUUGUAGCCUCAAGAUCUUCAGCAACCAGCUCUUUGCUCAGCUACUUGCUCAGUCAGUCCACCAUGGAUUUGAAGUCGUCUAUGAGUUAACUAAGAUGUGCACUAUCCGGAUGAGUUUCGUUAAGGGUUGGGGAGCUGAGUACCAUCGCCAGGAUGUCACGAGCACACCUUGCUGGAUUGAGAUUCAUCUUCACGGGCCACUGCAGUGGUUGGACAAAGUUCUGACUCAAAUGGGCUCUCCACAUAACCCGAUUUCUUCAGUGUCUUAAUACAUUCAAGAUUAGGUGAUCCUGGCGUGUGUUAAGGAUGAGCUCAAAUCAAUGUAAAACACAACAAAAAACACUACUUCUAUUUAAGUCAUAUUUUUAAUUAUAAUAUGUACGUUUCAACUAUUCUUCAAAUGCACAGCUGUACUGUUUUGAUUGUUUAUAAUAAAGAAUACUGUACCUA